UUCUCUCUCAGGUACUUGUACUUGACAGAGUUUCCUUGUCUAGGUGUAAAAUUUGACACCUAAAUUUAUUGACAGUUUUAAUGUUUACCUCAUUUCUGUGGUCAAUGGUCAACAGUUAAACAAACCCGAUUGACUAGAAUUUGAUAUCAUUUAUUAACCUUGUCCUGAACUAUUGAAUUAAAAUCGUAUUGUUGAACGAUUAUCUGCAUUUUUACCAGUUCGUUGGUGUAGAGGUUACAGUAGUCAUGAUUCGCGUAGAAGUUUAUUCAACUAAAAACAAGAAAAUCGGCGAGAUAUCAGUGGAUGAAAAGGUGAAAGUUAAAGAUAUCAAGGAGAAAAUUGCAGCUAUUUCACCAAAACUGGUUGUGGGGAGGCAAUCAGUGCGAAGUGCACUAAAAGGAAAAGAUAUUAAAGAUGAUGAAGCAAUUCCUUUGUUGGCAAGCACCAGAAAAGUGUUUGUAAAAGAUUUAGGCCCUCAGAUUGGUUGGAGCACAGUAUUUAUUUGUGAAUAUGCUGGUCCUUUAAUUUUAUAUGCAUUGGUCGCUCUUAGACCCCGCAUACUUUAUUCUAGUGCCUUAAACGAGACGUCGCUUUCUGUAACAGCGAGCGUUGCACUAGUAUGCUGGAGUGUACAUUAUUUGAAGAGAAUAUUGGAGACAAUAUUUGUUCAUCGUUUUUCACAUGGCACGAUGCCUUUGCUCAACCUUUUCAAAAAUUGUACUUACUAUUGGGGCUUCACUUUGUAUGUUGCCUAUCACACUAAUCAUCCUUUGUUUACACCACCAUGCCGGAUUUUACAAGCGCUUGGUCUAAUUAUAUUUAUUGUUUCUGAAUUGGGCAAUUUGAGUAUUCACAUCCUUCUUAGAAAUUUGAGACCACCAGGCACUAAAGUACGAAAGAUUCCUGUCCCCAAUAGCAACCCACUGACAAAACUGUAUAAUUAUGUGUCGUGCCCCAAUUAUACUUAUGAAUUUUAUUCUUGGCUGGGAUUUACAUUGCUAACUUCUUGUGUUCCAGCUGGUUUAUUUGCAUUGACCGGCUUGUAUCAAAUGACAAUUUGGGCUUUGGCAAAGCACAAGAACUACAAGACUGAGUUUCCGAAUUACCCGAAACAACGGAAAGCAAUUAUUCCUUUUGUACUCUAGAUUCACUUUAAUUUAAAUUUAAUGAUUUAAUGGGUUGUUAAUUUAACGGGGAUUUGUUGUUGUUUUCUCAGUUUUAUAUUGUGGUGAUUUGUUGGUGACAAAUAUGUACUAAAAUUUCUCGUUAAUUUGUCUGUGUACAAAUGUGCAAUAGAAGUGCAAUAAACGUAACACUUGAAUAACAA